ACAGUUGUAAAACACUUUGUUCAGCAUGAAGAUCGUCGCUUUCACCCUCGUUGCGUUUGUGGCCCUUGCCGGUGCUUCCUGCCCGUAUGCAGCUCCAGCUGUAGCGCCCGCUGCUGCGCCUGGCUAUCCGGCACCACCCUGCCCCACCAACUACCUGUUCAGCUGCCAGCCCAAUCUGGCCCCAGUUCCCUGUGCCCAGCAGGCCCCAGCCUACGGAUCCGCCGGCGCCUACACGGAGCAGGUGCCCCGCUACGUGGAAAAUCCCAGCCGGGAGCAGCUGCAGCGGUUCCACCAGCGCGUUGGAAUGGCGGCUUUGAUGGAGGAACUGCGCGGCUUGGGCCAGGGAAUCCAGGGCCAACAGUACUAGUGGCAAAACAAUUUAAAGUGAAAAGCGCUUAUGAAUUUAAACCGUC